GAGGACUGCACUAAGGUAAAGGAAGCUAUUUAGGAAAAAAAAAAUUACCUUUACAAACCCUUUAACUUUAUGGUACACUAAGCUCAAAAGUGUGUGGAAUUAUUUAUCAGAAGAAUAUUCACGUAAGUCAGUUUAGAUGUGUUUAACCUAUUUUACAACUGUAAGAAAAUGUUGUAAACCAUAGAAAGAUUCUGCACUCCUGCAUGAAUGCCUUCUAAAUGAUGAUCUGGUCUCCACAAAUAUUGCCAAUUCCUUGCUAGACAAAUGCAUUAAAAAUGAAGGUCAUUAGUGGGAAAGGGAGAUGUAAAUCUUUUGAAUAAUGACAUUUUAAAGAUCGGUUCAUUGGACUUAUUGCAAUCAGUGAGUCAAGUGUUUUAAUCAAUUCAGGUGUAUGUUUAACCUGUCCUGUCAUAUAAAACACACAAUGUUUCUGACCUGAUCUUUUCUGUUAAUGCAUACUAUGGCCUGAUUAAAAGAGUAUUCAGAAGACCUUAGAAAAUAAGGAUAUAAAGAGUUAUCAAAGAUUCUUAAAGACUUAAGGCUUCAUCGGUCCACGGUGAGAUCAUUUACAGAGGACACAGUGUGCACAUAGCUGAAAAGUAUCUGCAGGCAUCUCUUUUUUAUUUUUUUAUUUUAAUGAAUCUGCAGCGAGAAUACAGUAAACGACUUGUGAAAUUUGUAUUUAUUAUGGGGGAAACCACUGCAAAUAAUGCCGUUUGUCUUGAAGUGGUUGUAAACCUCGAUCAUGAAAUAUGAACAAAGCACACCUCUCUAUAGUGUAUACUUGUCUAAAUUCAGAGUGUAAUGUCUGUCUUCUGCCUUGUUCCUUUGCUUGCCUUGUUCCUUUGCUAUCUGCAUGAGUCACUUCUGACAAGUUUUUCUGACACCAAGAGAAAAAAGGUGACAAAGAGGGGAUCUCAAGUAUGCAGCCUGUGGUUGACAACCUCAGCUCUGUUCCAGUGUAAAUGGUGGUGUCGCUUCCCCCCAAAUCAACUCUCACUGAGCUCUGCAGAGUGAAACUUCAGUUCUCUGCCCCCUGCUUUUUAAAACCUCAGCAAAGCUGUAUAACUUCUGUACUUUGAACUGCUGUAAAGAAGAGAUGCCUGCAGAUAAAUAGAAAGAAGAGUCUAGUUGUCCAGCUGAUGGGACACUGGAGAUAGGCUGCGAAUCUGAAUUGGAUGGAACAGAAAUGGCAGAAGCAAGCAGCAAUGGAGAGGAAAAUGAAGUAUGCCUGAAGCAAGUCACUGAAGAAGCAUCUUCCAACCGAGUACAAAGCAAGCUAGUGUCUUCCUUUCAGCAGCACACUAAAAAGGCGCUUAAGCAGGCUUUGAGGCAGCAGCAGAAAAGAAGAAAUGGGGUCUCUAUGAUGGUAAACAAGACUGUCCCUCGUGUUGUCCUGACGCCUUUAAAGGUGUCUGAUGAGCAGUCAGAUUCACCUUCAGGGUCUGAAUCAAAAAACGGUGAAGCAGACAGUUCUGAUAAGGAAACCAAGCAAGGGCAAAAAUCACCCCCUGGCAAACAAAUAAGCCAGCACUUGAAACGGCUUAAAAAAUCAGGUUUAGGGCACUUGAAAUGGACCAAAGCAGAAGACAUUGACAUUGAAACUCCAGGAUCAAUUUUAGUGAACACUAACCUGAGGGCUUUAAUAAACAAACAUACAUUUGCAUCUUUACCUCAACAUUUUCAGCAGUACCUCCUUCUCUUACUCCCGGAAGUAGAUAGACAGAUGGGAAGUGAUGGGGCUUUACGUCUUAGCAAUUCUGCACUGAAUAAUGAAUUCUUUGCAUAUGCUGCGCAAGGCUGGAAGCAAAGACUGUCAGAAGGAGAAUUUACUCCAGAAAUGCAAAUGCGAAUCAGACAAGAAAUUGAAAAGGAAAAGAAGACAGAAGUUUGGAAAGAAAAGUUUUUUGAAAAGUUUUAUGGAGAAAAGUCUGGAAUGUCCAAAGAGGAAUCGUUGCAACUCACCUCUGCGCAAAACAGCAGUGAAGAUGAAUGCAGUUCUCUAGAAACAUCUUUGAAUUUACCUGGCCCAUCUACACAGUUUGAGAGUAGCACACCAGCUAGUGAUGAAACUCCUGCUGUGUUGGAAACUGAAGUUGUUGAGGAAACUGUGUGUAACAUUGUGUGCAACAUGGAUCAUGUUACAUCCAAGGAUAUGAUGGGAGAGGGAGAAUUAGAGGACAUACUGAUAUCUGAAGAGUCAAUAAUUCAUGAAGAGAUUGCAGAAGAGGUGGAGACGAGCAUUUGUGAGUGUCAUGAAGAUGUUGAUAAAGAUGAAGUAGAGCUUGCUGAAGAGGUGACAAACCAAGACUCAAAGAAUGGAGAUAAAGAAGAGCCUGCAGAAAAUGUAGAAUCUUGUGUUGUCAUGGAGGAUGAAUUGGUGCCUAAUUUAGAAUCUAAAACAGAGGAGGCAGUUAAAUGUGAUGAUGAGGAGCAAGAAACCCCCCUGGAAGUCACAAGUGAUAUAAUUGAUUGCAGAACGCCAACUCCUUCUGUGUCCUCUCAUAGUUCAUCUGGGGAACCAGCUGAACAGGAUGCACCACCAGCUGAAGAUUUACAUACAUCAGAGGAUGAUGGUGCUUGCAGUGCAAUUGCUGAUUCUACAUGCAUUGAGGAGACUGCUGCUGUGGAGAUGGAGUUGAUCAGUGAGCCAGAGGAACAGUUUUCUGAAGCUGCCUGUGUUUCUGAGACAUCCUUUUCUUCCCAAAGUCCAGAAGGAGGAUGUGUAAGCCUGGCUUCUCCUGGAGGUGACACACAGUCUGCUUCAGAGGAACCUUACACUCCUGCAUCUGUUGAAGCUGCUUUUCUGUCUGAGGUGUCAAGUUUUGAAAAUGCUGAGUCAGAAAGUCAACAAAAAACAACCGCAGAAAGUCCCCCAACUUCUGUAACUUCAGAUGUCUCACCACUUUCCACCUCUCCAGUGUUAUCAGAAGCAUCUCCUGCCUCUAAUCAUCCACUAACACCUGAACCGUCUCCAGCAUCUAACUUGCCAUUAACUUCUGAAGCCUCUCCCAUGUCAGAUGUACCUUUAAUAUCAGAAACAUCUUCUUUAUCGUCAAUAGCACUUGCUUCUGAAACUGGACAUACAACAAAUUUACCUGCAAAUUCAGAUGCAUCUUCUGUAUAUAGCCCCCCUCCAAAUGAGCACCUCUUGCUUAGGCAAACAAGUUCCCCAACUUCAUCUGAUGAAUCUCGAUCACCCUCAAAAGACGAGACUGAUGCUUACUCAGAGGCAUCACAAGCAGACACCAUUGGUACAGAGCAUGAAAGCUCUGAAAACCUAAAAUAUAAUUCAGAAACCCCAAAUUCUGAUAAUUCUCUGUCAGAAGAUGCUUUGACUCAAAAACAUUAUAAGACUGAGACCGACCAGGAAAAACAAAGUGUCUCAUCUGCCACUGAACUGUCACCACCUGAUACCAUAACAAUUAAAAACAAUUCAAGUCAUUAUAGGAUUCUUGAUAAAAAAUAUUUAUCUCCCCCUCAAGAAGGAUUUGAUGGACUCCAUUCUAAGAACAAUGAGUCUGUUCACUCAAAGUCUCAUGAUAAACCUUAUAGUACCUCAGCAGAAGUAUCUGGAUAUUAUGAAUCUUCCAGAAGUAAAUCUCAUAAGCAGCAAGUCGGCUCCCAAAGCCGAGCAGACAGUUCCCAUUGCAAGUCAUAUGAACAUAGUAAACAGUCUGAAACAAUUAGUCGUGAACCUGAAAUUUCAAAAAGAAAAACGGCAGAGCUGCAUACUUUUGGUAACUACAAAGAGAAACGACCAAGAAUAGAUGAUGACCAUCCAACUCGUUCAUCCUCAAAUUCUAGUCAAGCUGACAGGGAGCACCCAACUCGGGAAGAGCCACGAGUUCCACCUCUCAAGAUCCAAUUGUCGAAGAUUGGUCCACCAUUCAUCAUUAAAAGUCAACCUGCUCCAAAGCUCGAAACCAAGAUUUCUUCUAAUACAUCUGUCAGUGGAGGCAGAAACACUGGAGCUAGAACCCUUGCAGAUAUUAAGGCAAGAGCACAGCAAGCCAGAGCACAGAGAGAGGCGGCUGCUGCAGCUGCUGUUGCUGCAGCUGCAAGUAUUGUUUCUGGUGGAGUUGGAAGUCCUUCAGAAAGCAGCAAGACUAGAACCUUGGCCCACAUCAAAGAGCAGACAAAAGUGAAGCUGUAUGCUAAGCAUCAGGCCAGAGCUAAUACACAACAGUCUUGCAGAGAUGGAAAGUCAAAAGAAGGUAUUUCGGGAGCAGAAGCAUUAUCCUCUCCUGAUGCAAAGGUGGAAGGCUCUACUGGUGUGAUCAUCAUGAAUCCUAACUGUAAAUCUCCUAGUAGUAAGCCCAACCUGCAUCGAGAAUUGACAUCCAUGUUACAGCAAUCCCUAAGCUCUUCAACAUCGUCAGAAACUGACUCUGAUGUAUCUUUGCACAGCUCUACUGAAAAUAUUCAUGUGCCACAUUCCAUUGACAAAGCUGUUACAUCUACCUCCACUGAAGAUUGCAGCAUGCCAAUGCAUUAUAGCAAAAAUUUAGGUUCAGUAUCUGCUUGCCCCUCAGCUGAUGCCCCCUUUACAAAUGCACUUGAAAAGUCUGCAGUUUUAAUGUCUGUUGACAAUGAAAACACUACAUCUCCUGUAUGCAUGAAAAAACCCAUGAAGGAAAGUGACCUUCCUUUCAGUACUGUUACACCAAAAUGCACUGAUGACAAUACCAGUCAUGCCUCCAUAGUAUCUAACUCUGUAGACGACAAGCGAGUGCCAGUAUCAAAAAAUAAUAUUCAUCCUUACACCACUGUGCCAGUUUCAUCCAUGGGGAGUAGUUUGCCAAAUCUUCAUCUUACAAACUCUUUAAGUUCGCUGAGCUCAUCAGUUGGCUCAAGUAGUAGACACUCUGAUAAAUUAGCUGCAGCCAUAUGUGAAGAAGAUGUCUGCUCCUCUGUUCGAAGAAUGUCAAACCCUGAGGAAACCAUAUUAGAUUCACAUGGUAGAUCUUCAGUUCCAUUGUAUUCUAAUAGCAGAAGAACAGUAAAUUCAGAUCCCUCCCUUGCCAAAUUGCAUCUUGAUCAUUUACACAAUAGCUCAUGUAGUAAUUUAACCAGUCUUAAUAGUAAAACCUUGACUUCUGGUUUAAUACAGACAAAUAGAUCUAUCCCUUGCAAAGUGAUUGUUGAUCACUGUACAACUCCAAAUUCAACUUAUCCUUUCAAUACUGAAAAUGUUGAAAAUACAGAUUCCCAGAACAGAAUCGGUAAAACAGAUGUAUCCAUUCAAAGUAAAACAUGUCCUCAAGUCUCUGUCAUAAGUAGACAAGAGAACCUCAUUAAUGAAAGUGCUGAGCAUAUGCCAAGCCCAAACAUUGCUGCUAGGUUAAACCGAGAUGACAGAAACAAGCCCUCUGCUUGCACUAGCCAUUUGGAAACCCCUUACAUGCAGCAAGAAAAGUUAAGCGUUUCUGUUCCAUGCCAACGGACCUUUAAUGAGCAACUACACUCUACUUCCUCCUACAAAUGUGGAAAAGACAAUAUGACCAACACUGAGUAUAUUCCUAAUAAUAGAAUAUGCUGGAGUGAUAAAGAACAAAUAAACAAUGACGAAGUAGUUCGCAAUCAUUUAAAUACACAAAAGCACAUAGAGUACUGUGAGGAAAACAUUGUGGACAAUGUAAAAAGUGAACCAGGAAGUUACCCACAUGUCUCAAAACUUCAUACACGUUCACCUGUCACCAACAGUAUUACCAUCAAAUCUGAAGCUACUGACUCCAGUAAGUGUUUUGGGAUGGAAACAGAUGUUUUUUCAGGCCACAACACUACGCCCCAGGCAUCUGACUUGGAUUUAGGUUUGCCAUCAUCCAAAACACCUAUUGGAGUAUCCAGAGAAGAACCUUUGUCAUUAACAUCAGAUGGUUUGAAAAGAAUAACAGCUGCAGGAAACACAAGUUGUCGACUGUCGUCAGUUGAAGCAAACAAUCCAUUAGUAACACAGCUCCUUCAAGGUAACUUGCCUUUAGAAAAGGUUCUCCCUCAACCCAGACUUGGGGCAAAACUCGAAAUAAGUCGUCUCCCUUUGCAGACUACCUCUGUGUAUAAAACUUCAUCAGAGAGAUUGGUUUCUGAAAACGCCUCUUGUUCACCUACGCCUGACAGCAAGGCAUACCCAAUGGGUAGUCUCAACCCUUUGCAAAUGAGGAAGCGUGAAAAUCAUCCUAAGAAAAGAAUGGCUAGGACUGUGGGUGAGCAUGCGCAGAUUAAGUGUGAAUCUGGAAAGCUUUCUAUGGACACUGAUGCCAACUUGUCAUCCUGCAUGAUGGGUUCUAAAAUGAACUCUGUGGGCCAAGAGCAGACAUUUAAGCAAGAGUGGAUGAACAAGCAUUCAGUUCCAGCUAGGAUGGUUCACAGCCCAGAGAUAAAGCAGCAGAAGCGGCCACUGCCUUCUUGUAGCUUCCAACAAAGUUUAUUUAAUGCUGAUAAAAAUGGCAGCUAUCAUGCAGAAUCGAGUACGUUGCACAGGCAACAUUACUACCAAAUGUCUAUGGUUCAGAGAGGACCAGGUCCUAAUGUGUAUGUGCCAUCAUCAGGUUCUGCAAAGGCCCAGAACAGUAACAACACUUUUGCUUUCUCUAGACAACCUGAGCAGAAGGUUUUAGGUGAGGCUAAUGUAUCAUCUCUUCCUUUUAGAAUGGGCAAUGCCUAUUCACCGAACAUUCACAUUAAAGAAGGUGAUGACCUAAGCAAUGCCCCACAGACUCUGCAAAAUAAAUUUUUAGUCCAUCCUUCCUUAUCUAAUUCAGAAGUCCCUUCUGAUCAAAAGCAGCCAGCAGUUACUAUGGAAACCACUAAAAGACUCAGUUGGCCUCAGCCUGCGAGCAUCUGUAGCAAUAUAAAGUCAGAGCCCAUCUCUUUUGAGGACGGGUUAAACAACAGCUGUGAACUGACCAUGAAACAAUCUUCCUAUGAGCAGAGUGAAGUCAAAGAACAGUUAAAAGCAUUUGCCUUGAAAAAUGCAGAUUUUUCUUCCUAUUUACUGUCUGAGCCACAAAAGCCUUUUUCUCAGCUUGCUGCACAGAAAACACAAACACAGCAGCUGCCACAGCAGCAGCAGCAGUGUGGGAGUUAUCCAGCAAUUCACUUUGGUAGCACAAGCUUCAAAAGAGCAGCAUCUGCUAUUGAGAAAUCUAUUGGAAUUUUAGGGAACAACUCUAAAACUGUUUCUGGACUCAGCAGUCAAAACACUCCCAUUCCUGCACAAAAGUUUGCUGACAGCAGUAGUGCAGAUGAACUGGAACUGAAGUGUUCUUGCAGGCUGAAAGCCAUGAUUGUGUGUAAAGGCUGUGGAGCUUUUUGUCAUGAUGACUGCAUAGGCCCUUCAAAAUUAUGUGUAGCUUGUUUAGUUGUUCGAUAGAAACUGAAUCUAAGAUGGAGUAUCCCCUUUACAGCCUAUAUGUCUACGCCAAGAGCAGUAACAAAUCUCAAUUUUUUUGUGUUAUAUUUUAUUCUAGGUUUUUCCAGAGAAGAACAAUAUUUCUGAAAGAAAAAUAGGUCUCACCCCCCCCCCCCUCUAACUUAUUCACUAUUUGGAUAUUGAAUUGUGUUAUUAGUAGACUAUAUCAUGUGAAGCAUUUGUAAUGUUUCAGUUUGAUUUUUCAUUGCAAAGCACCUGUUUGCAUUUGAUUUGGAGACCUUAAGUUUCCCAUAGAUUUCCAUUAUGUCAUUUUUGUGAUUACUCAGAUUUUUCAGCUGAUGGAAAACAUCUUUGAGAUAUCUUGUUCCUGGAGCUAUUUGCUCUCUAACACAUCAAGCAUUAUAUAUUGUGAUUUUAAUUAAGCCAGCUGUUCUGUCUACAUCCCAGGGAGAGUUUGUUUUAUGCAUGUGGAGGAUUAACAAACUCCACAGUUCGAUUCUUCACAAUAUCAAUUGCAAUUGAGAGUAAACACUACCUAGUAUUAGACUCUGUGUGCAUUGUUUCAAAUGCAUAAGAGUUUUACAGGCUCCUAGAAAAAAUGUAUUUUAGGAACAUUGUUUUUGUUAGGUACUCAUUCUUUUAAUAACAAAUAAAAUUGUUAGGCCAUAGUCCCAUGGAAAUACCACCUUCAUGACAAAUUACAUUAGGCACAUAAUGUAUGAGGUCAGCUUUGUAGUUUAUGUCACAUUGAUUUCUGAGGUAUCCAUUGCAAAAGUUUAUUUGAUUUAACAAAUAAGAUGAUUCAAUGGUCACAUCAACUGUGGAAAAGAAAAUUAAUUUCACUUGCACAUGAUUUUGAAUUCAAAGUGAGCACCGUUUUAUCAAUUGAACAUUUACUUUGCACAGUGAAUAGACUACACUUUUAGUAAAUCAACCCCAUUGGGUCUAAUUAAAAAUGUUCAGAUUGUUUGUGAUAACAAAGGGUAACUUGUUGCUGUUCCCAUGGCUAAAAGUAACUUAUAAGGUUUUCACACAUGGGGCUAUAAAUUAUUACCUAAUUGAAGUAAAAUAUAGUUAAUGAAUACUGCUUGUUUCCCUACUUUACACUAAACAAAUUGUUAGAAAGCUGGUCUUAACACAUGGUAAGAGUUGGCAGGCACCAGUAUCGGUUCUAAUCACUCAGUAAGCACACUCCUGACCUUUUCAAAAGCAGUGGUAAACCUAGAAAAUGGUACUUCUACCCCCUCAAGUUGAAUUGAAAGGUUUAUUCACAAGUUUUACUUGUUUUCAGCAAAGUUGUAUUUUUAAACAGGUGCACUCAUUGGUGCAACUCUACGCUUCUUACUGAUUUCUGGUUGUUUAAGCCUAUUAACAAGCAACUGUGGCAGUAAAUAAAAGGAGCUUAAUCAGUUGCAUAAUAGAGAUGCUUUAUAAUUAAUCCUAUAACACAUUUCUUUAUUCACUUUUGAUGAAAUGUAGGUAAAACUUUGCAGCUGGGCUGUGGCAAUGUGUAAUGCACUCAAAACACUACUUGUAUCUUCAGUGUCGCCCAUUUUAAAAUGAACUGAAAUGAUAAUGGUUGUUACUAAGAAAUCUGUGCAUUUUUUUAUUUUCCUUCAGUAUUCAAUUGUUCCCAUCGUUCUUCUGCCUCUUUGCUUUUCCCUUAAGGUCCGUAAGGUCCUACUAGGUCUUUUAAAGACCUCAUUUGCAUUUCUAGCUGGACACAAUGGAGCUCUGUUUUUUUUAAUUGAUCAAAAUACCUCUUUCCAAGGACAUGUUUUAUUGCAUUCUAUGGACAAUGCUUUAGAAACAUAUUAUAUAAUAUCUUCCGGUGUGAAUUCCCCAAUAUUAACAACCCAAAUUUUGUUGUAAUUUUUAGUUGUGCACUUGAACUAAACAAUGUGUACCAGCAGAGCAAGAGUCAGAAAAUAUACUUCUAAAUAAAGGGAAAGCAUGGUUUCAUCUAUUGAUUACAACAGCCUAAACCAUUUUACCGGCCAUAUUAACAUGAUGCAUGUACUAGUAUUUUUAGCACUAAUUUACCGUACGCAGACUUUGCCUGCAUGGUAUUUUUUAAUUGAUGCAUUGCACAGGACCCCAGGUGUUGCAGGACACACUGAAAUCUUGCACUAAUUUUAAUCGAAAGAACCAGAUGGCCCAUCAUAUAAUAGUGUGUACCGUGUACGUGUGUAUAUAUCAGGGGUAUCCAAUCUACAGCUCAUAGGCCGCAUUGUGGCCCAACGUAAAGGAUUUAACUUGCUUUUAAAAGUUGGUUUUGGGGGGGAUUUAUAAAAAUGUGUUUACGCUUAGCAAAUACAUGCGGCCGAAGAAAAAGUGUUUCCUUACCGGGCUUUUAUACAUUUUUAUCUUCCUAAAUAAAAAUCUCCCACUCUUCACAAUUAUUCAUGUCAUCAGUUUUUGGCAGCACCUAUGUUUGUGAGCAACUAUUUUCAAGGAUGAAACACACAAAGGGCAAAAUUAGUACCAAAAUGAUGAGCAUCUUGAGAAUUGUUACUACAGCCAUUAAACUGGGUAAUGAUACAUUAGUUUAUCAAAAACUGUGUCAAUUAUCGCACUAGUUUUAUGUUUCCCUCUUACUUUUAUAAUAAAAAAUAUUGUUAACUGAGCUGCCCAAUUUUUUCUGCUCAUCAGCUAGCCAUAUUGUUAAUGUAUGUGUGGCCCAAGACCAUUCUUCCUCCAAUGUGGCCCAGGAAGGUCAAAAGGUUGGGCACCCCUGAUAUAAGGCGUACAUACAUAUUAGACAUGUUCUAUCAUUUCCUGAUGUAAUCUUUUCUGUUAAUAACCUACUUAAAUGCCAACAUUUCAUUUAGGUUUUUUCUUCCUCCAAUGUGCAUAAGUGUAAUGCACAGUAUUUGAUACUAUUAUAAUGCAGCCCUCUCUUCUUAAGGUCUAUAUCCCUGAAAGUAUUUUGUACAGUAAUAUUCUGAUUUAGAAAUGUUAAAGAAAAAAAAAAUUCUACUUCGCAAGUUUCAUAUUGCACAAUGCCUAGUUAAUUUAUGUCCCACAUUUCAACAAUAUACUGGUCUCUUUAAAAAAUAGGGAAGUGUUGCAUGGAUGAAAAGUAUUUAAACGCACAACACCCAUUUGUCUUUAUUCUUUCCAUUUUAAAGGCUUUCAUUUAUCUUAAUACCUCACACUUAGUUUUGUCUGUUUUGUCUGUAACCAUUUUAGAAACUCUAAUGCAUCAAGAGCACUAGGAUGCUUUCAUCAAAUAAGUGGCUGUUAAAUUAUGUUUGGCUAUCAUUACUUAAAUUUACCAAGUUGCAAUUUGCUGUGAAAUGUCCUUCAAGGUCUGCCGCUAUUAGUAAGCAUUCCUAAAAUGUUUUGUAAGACAAGGCAGUAGGGAAUAUCAAGAAACGAAAAAAAAAAAUUCAGUUUGUUUAGCAUAUCUAGAAAUCCAGUACAUCACUAAAUGGUGAUUUUGGUGUAUACAACUAUCUUCACCUAGAAUAAGCUGCAUUAAUCACAGUCCAACCUCAGGGUGUUCACGAGUCAGUAUAGAUAUGACUGAUUUCUAUCAAGUAUGAUGCCUGUAAGUAUACCUAAAGGUUGUCCACACUCCAUUAGAUUAAUUUUCCCUCUUCCCUUUCCUCAAGAAGCUGAUCUCAUUGGGUCUUAAAUAAAGCUGAUCGCUCCAGUUGUCCUCCACAGUGUCAGGAAAUUCUGAUAACCGCAAGUCUUCAUAACCCAAGACAUACUUUUAUAAGGGUGUGGGUAAAAGGCCAUUUCAAAGCGUGAGCAAUCUUUUUCUCUAGGACUUGAGGUGAAUUCAUACUGUUAGAUCAACAGUAACUGUUUAAAAAAAAAAAAAAAAAGUAUGUAUGGAGUAUGUGCCAGAAAUGAUCAGAGUUCUGUUUUAGAAUUGUUCAAUAAUCUGAAGAUGGACAUGCAAAUAAAUAAGUCAUCCAAUGGGAGAUGGAUACAAAUAUUCAGUUAUGUGGGUCAAUGUUUCUGUAAAGUAGAUCUGGAGACAUUUUUGUAAUGAGUCAACUAUUUUAUAAUGUUAUAUUUGGGAAAACAUGAUGAGUGGAAAGGUACAGUUGCCAACAUAUUUUAGAUCUUUUUAAAAAAAAAAAGUCAGUACUGUAUUCUUGUACUACUAUCUUUAUAGAAAGUGAAUCACUCUGAUUUUACCCAUUUUUAUCACUGUAUUUUAGUCGAACUCAAAACAAACUUCAACCUUACGGGCUCCUCUCCUAUUCUGAAAUUGCUUACGCUGAUAUUACUGCGCACUGUGAGCUGUUCAGAGUAUUUAUUUAAAGCUGCAGGUCAGACAUAAAGCCGAGUUUCCUUUAUAAUCAUUUAGGUCUUUCCUCCCAGCCUGACUAUCCCUGGCCCACCCUUUUCCUUAGCCGCAUUUCAGUAGUCUUGGGUGGUCUACGGUCUACCCCUCAUGGCAAUUUGAUGCUUGCAUAACUCCUACAAAGAGGAAGCUCUUUAGGGUUGAGAGCUCUUGAGAAAAGUACUGAGGCAUGGAUUGUGCUGUAAUGUUUUUAGUGCCCAGCUUUCCCCUCCCACCAGCUAUGAUCUACCUGCAUUUCAAAAAGAAGUACACGGACCCAGUGAUGAUGUCACUAGGUCAAAAAUAAAGUGUGUAAUGAAAAUGGAAAGAUUUUUGCUGAUAAGCUGAGGAUGGAACCAGGGAAGGCAACAUAUAAGCAAAUUACAUUUCUGCAUUAAAAUAAGUACUUUAACUCACGGGAAACAGGAAUAAUAUUCUUUAGCUAGCUAGAAAAAAGAUUUAAAUCUUUCAAAAGAUUAAAAAUUACAAAUAUCGUUUGGUGAAAUAAUUGAUUUUAAUUCUACAGCAGUUUAUCCUAGUUGGCUGCCAGUGUCGAAUUGAAGUGAAAGAAAUUGUGUAAAUUUGACUGCUAAAAAAACAGCAUAACAGGUGAAGAACUGAGAAUUUGAAAUGAAAGAAAAUAAUUAUGUAAUUUUGUUAAAGUUUCUUACUUCUGCUUCCCUUCACUUGAAAUAACAGAGGUUCCUGGCUUAGAAGGUCCUUUAUUAUUUGCAACAUUACUUCCUAAACGAAAUGACCUAAAGUAUUUAUGAAUUAGUUAAGUUUUAUGCAAAAUAGAUUUUGUUGGAUUAUCAUCUUAGGAAAUGUAUGGUGAAAAUUAUUGGAGAUUUAGCUAAAGGCCAGUUUAGAAAAGAGUAAAACUGUUGUAAAGAUUUCCCGUGAAAAAAAAAGUAUUUUGACUUUUAAAAACAGGCUCAUGUUAUAUUGUAUCUAAAGUACAGACACUAUUUUAUCCAAAUUAGUACUUCUGUAAAAUUUCAAUUACAUGGGCAGCACUUUAUGUACUAUUGUGCAAUGCUGACAUGUGGUCAUGCUGAAUUGUGAUCCAUACAACACUCCCCAAGGAUACUGUCUAUUGUGCAGAAUCAUACCUUGUUAUGAUACUAUAGCUCAUUCCUGUCUUGUCACAGCACAAUGGUGUGAGCCAAAUAACUCAUAGUAUGCAGUAUCGAUAAAUAACAAAAGAGAAAUAGCUUCGUUUUUUUUCUUAUUACUGGUACAUUGUCAAGCAGCAAUUGUGUGCACUAACUGAGAGCAGCCAGUCACAGGUAAGCUUGUGCUAAAUUUAGAUUGAAUUGACUUGUAAAGCUACAAGAACCAUAGCACUUUGUGCUAUUUUCAUAAAUAGUAGCAAACUGCUCCCAAUUAUUUUAUCAAGCAAAAUGUGGUUGUAGGGGAAUUUUGUUUAAUGUAUUUGUUUUGAUAAUGUAUAAGGUAGCUACGUGUUAAACAUUAUGUAAGACCAUAAUGUUUUCUCUGCCAUUGUUUAAAAAAAGAAGCCUUCACACUUAAUAGCAGCUACUCUCCCUGUUUUUAUGUAGUUUUCAUCCCAUAUAUUCAGUUCAGUGACUUAAGAAAAGUGGGACGUGGACCUUUUUCCGAGAGACAUUGAUUCUUUUUAUUCUGUGCUGCGAUCUAGAGUAUACUUUUUAUUAUUAAUAUUUUCUUUUAUUUUGUGGACACUAUGAUUUGAUCUAAUUUUAUUUAUUUAGCAUUUUUUUCAAAAACAUUAGUGACACCAUGCAUUUUGUUUCCCUCAAAGGUUCAACAGAAUAUUUUAGUUUUACUUUUUGUUUCAAAUUCACUAUUCACCUGUAUUCAUACUGUUGCUACGUUUUUAACUGUUUUUAUUUCUUUUCCUAUACAUGGUUGUUACAUAAAUUUCCAUGUAAUCAUUUUCUGGCCUAUAUUGCUAUCGCACACUAUUUGUGUAGCUAAUGUUUUGAUAUAAUGUGAGCUGUUAACUUUAUAUUUAUUGACCAUUGGAAUGAUAUGGAGUGUAAGUAAUUUGGAUAUUGAUAAAUGUUUAAGAGUAAAGGGAACUAAUCAAUUCUGGGCUUGAAUGAAUAGGUCCAAUUUUUUUUAUUGUUAAUUUUGUUUGUGGUGCUUUUGUGUGAAAUUGAUGUAUUCAGAUUGGCUGCAUUUAUGUAAGAGUUCUGGCCUCAUAUCUAAUAAGAAAAAAAAAGUAUACAUAAUUUGAAAUGCAUAAAACUUUCUGAUCUAAUUGCUGUUGGCCUAUAAGAGGUGUGAAUUGUUUUUCACAUAUAUAUGUAUAUAUAUAUAUAAAUAAUUUUCUGCAAAUGUGUUUCCAGUAUGUUAAAGUGUACCUGUAAGCCAUACACAGUGGAUACAAAACAUUUUCUUGUUUGCUGUUCAUGAACUCCAGCUACCAGUUCACGCCACAUUGAUGUCGACCAUUGGUCUUAAGGUAGCAGCAAAAUUGAUGUCUCUCCUGUAUGUGGAUGGGGGUAUACUUUAAUGUGUCAGUCUGCCCUCAAUAGUCAGUUGCCUGGAUGUUGGUGAACAAAUUUACCCAAUAACUUCCUAUAGCUCUUAGGAUUGACAUUGCUUUCCCUUCACCGUGGAGGUCUGCUCGUCCCUCUGCAGCAUUUCAAUUUCCCUGCUGCAUUUUGAAUUCUAUAUAAAAAAAAAAACUUGCAAAUGCACCAAUAGAGGGUUUUGUUGCAUUUAAACCAAAUUGUGCUAAAUAACUGUUUAGAAAAAAAAAGAAUAACCUAUACAAAAAAUAAAAAAAGAAUGACGGGUACAGGGGAUGUUUUUUUACAAACAAUAUAUCUUAAUAUUCGCUAAUUUUAAUUUUUAAACUAAAAACAUUAAAAAAUGAAAGUUAAACAAAUGUUAGAAUGGAUGAUUUGUAGCAACGUUCUGAAACCCCCUGCUUCCCAAAAUUAUACUCAUGUAGUUGUCUUACUCUUUGCUUUUGGCAAUGAUUUGGUUUGAUAUAUAGAUAUAUAUCAAAUUAUUUUGGUGUUUUUGGAAGAUAUGUUGGGGUCUUAUAGGAUCCCUGCUGUUUAGCUCUCAGGUUUUGGCACAGUGGUUUUUCUAAUUUUCUUUACUAGUAUAUGACAAAUCCACCAGGAUAUGUGUAAUCUCCUCAUACCCAACUGUAGCAUGUUGUCAAUCCCUGAGAGAUAUAAAAAGUUAAUGGGUUAGUCAAACCACCGCAUCUCCCUAAAAUUCAUGUAUCAGUUGGUGGUCUGACCCUUGGAUUUUAUUUUCAAUAAACAUAUGAGGUUGUAUAGGGAAAAAAAAGCUGCUUAUCUCCAACAUAUUGGCCUAUAUGUGUCCUAUAUCUAUUAGUAAUUGUAUAUUAGAGUUUCUAGAAUAUCAUUGUACUGUUAAUAAGUGUUCAACGCUUCAAUCUGUUGCCAUAUUCCAUGAGUUUUGUACAGAUGUAAAAUAUUUUUUUCCUCAGAAACAGAAAUAACAGAUGCGCCUUUUCCCUCAUCACAGGGUUUUUGUUUUGUUUGUUACGUCAGUAUUUCUGAAUGUUUACAUGUUUCCUGCCUCUUUGCAAGGAGUAUUCUAUGGAUUUGCAGUUUUAAUAAUGGCAGGUUCCUUCUGUGUGUAGCCCUGUGCUGGAACUAUCCUCUUUGCAUUGCUGGGCAAUGCAUUACUAACCCUUCACAGCAGCAAAGCCUGAUAUUUAUGCUUACAAGGUUAAUUUUUCUAAGAACAAGCAUGUGAUUGUCAGCUGGUUUCCCAAAUCCUGUAAAGCCUUAUUUCCAUGAUUACAGUCAGAGGUGAAGGGGUUUAGCUGUGUAUGUACCUUAAUAAUGUUCUUCGCAUGAAAUGUCCCCUUCUUUUUCCUACCAAAGACAUUGUUCUUACACUACAGACUUAUUAGUAUUUAAUUUAUUAUGAAGAGAAUAGAGCUCAUUCCUCUUAUGAUAAAAACAAUCUCUUCUGACUAAACUUCUUUCCCCGCAUUAUUACCUGGCAACCAUAUGGCGUAGUACAAUUACACAUUUCUUUUUCCAAAAUAAUAUUACAACAGUAUUUUUUUUUUUAGAAUUCAGGGAUCAUGUAUUUUUUUGGUGCUUUUUUGUUUGUUUUCAGACAUUGACUGCAGUAUGGACUGCCCACACAGUACUCUUAACUUAUAUACUACAGGACAUGUUCCCCCAUUCCUUCAGUCUCCAUCAAGUUUAAAAAAAGUCUUCUAUGUUAUUUUAUUCACAAGAAAAUAAAGAAAUUAAAACAUGA